CAGCGUUACGCUGAAUUCUCCGGCGGUAGAGAUUGGAGGAAGACAGGAGAAAUUCGUCUCUAAGCUGUAAGCGUGUUCUGAAGACGAAGGGGAGCUCCCUAGUGCUACGGGGCUGUUUCAGGAAGUCAAUUAAUUUUGCACACGUAAUACUUAUUACCUUUUAAUAACUGGAACAGAAGAUGAACCCAACUAAUCCUUUCAGUGGGCAGCAGGCUAGUGCUUUUUCAGCGUCUUCUAGUAAUGUAGGAACACUUCCAUCUAAGUCGCCAUUUCGAUUUGGUCAACCUUCUCUUUUUGGACAAAACAGUACCUUAUCUGGGAAGAGCUCGGGAUUUUCACAGGUGUCCAGCUUUCCAGCGUCUUCCGGAGUAAGUCAUUCCUCUUCAGUGCAAACAUUAGGGUUCACCCAAUCCUCAAGUGUUGGACCCUUUUCUGGACUUGAGCACACUUCCACCUUUGUGGCUACCUCUGGGCCUUCAAGUUCAUCUGUGCUGGGAAACCCAGGAUUUAGUUUUAAAUCACCCACCAGUGUUGGGGCUUUCCCAAGCACUUCUGCUUUUGGACAAGAAGCUGGAGAAAUAGUGAACUCUGGUUUUGGGAAAACAGAAUUCAGCUUUAAACCUCUGGAAAAUGCAGUGUUCAAACCAAUACUGGGGGCUGAAUCUGAGCCAGAGAAAACCCAGAGCCAAAUUGCUUCUGGGUUUUUCACGUUUUCCCACCCAAUUAGUGCACCUGGAGGCCUGGCCCCAUUCUCUUUUCCUCAAGUAACAAGUAGUUCAGCUACCAAUUCAAAUUUUACCUUUUCAAAACCUGUUAGUAGUAAUAAUUCAUUAUCUGCCUUUACCCCUGCUUUGUCAAACCAAAAUGUAGAGGAAGAGAAGAGAGGACCUAAGUCAAUAUUUGGAAGUUCUAGUAAUAGCUUCAGUAGCUUCCCUGUAUCAUCUGCGGUUUUGGGCGAACCUUUCCAGGCUAGCAAAGCAGGUGUCAGGCAGGGGUGUGAAGAAGCUGUUUCCCAGGUGGAACCACUUCCCAGCCUAAUGAAAGGAAUGAAAAGGAAGGAGGAUCAGGAUCGCUCCCCAAGGAGACAUGGCCAUGAGACAGCAGAAGAUUUGGAUCCUCUGUCCCGGGGUGAUCAUCCUCCAGACAAACGACCUGUCCGCCUGAAUCGACCCCGGGGAGGUACUUUAUUUGGUCGGACGAUACAGGAUGUUUUCAAAAGCAAUAAGGAAGUAUGUCGUCUGGGCAACAAGGAGGCCAAAAAGGAAAUUGGCUUUGUUGAGUCUGGAGAAAGUGACCACAUGGCUAUCCCAGGAGGGAGUCAGUCUGUCCUGGCACCUUCCCGGAUUCCAGGUGUGAAUAAAGAGGAAGAAACUGAAAGUAGAGAGAAGAAAGAAGAUUCUCUAAGAGGAACUCCGGUGCGUCCGAGUAACAGAAGCGAGAGCACAGACAGUCUUGGGGGCUUGUGUCCCUCUGAAGUCACAGCCAUCCAGUGCAAGAACAUCCCCGACUACCUCAACGACAGGACCAUUCUGGAGAACCAUUUCGGCAAAAUUGCUAAAGUGCAGCGCGUCUUUACCAGGCGCAGCAAAAAGCUGGCAGUGGUACAUUUCUUUGAUCAUGCAUCUGCAGCCCUGGCUAGAAAGAAGGGGAAAAGUUUGCAUAAAGACAUGGCUAUCUUUUGGCACAGGAAGAAAAUAAGCCCCAAUAAGAAACCCUUUUCCCUGAAGGAGAAGAAACCAGGUGAUGGUGAAGUCAGCCCGAGCACAGAGGAUGCACCCUUUCAGCACUCUCCUCUUGGCAAGGCCGCAGGGAGGGCUGGUGCUAGCAGCCUCCUGAAUAAAAGCUCUCCAGUGAAGAAGCCAAGUCUUCUAAAGGCCCACCAAUUCGAGGGAGACUCUUUUGACUCAGCCUCCGACGGCUCUGAGGGCCUCGGGCCAUGUGUGCUGUCCCUCAGUACCCUGAUAGGCACCGUGGCUGAGACGUCCAAGGAGAAGUACCGCCUGCUUGACCAGAGAGACAGGAUCAUGCGGCAAGCUCGGGUGAAGAGAACCGAUCUGGACAAAGCGAGGACUUUUGUUGGGACCUGCCUGGAUAUGUGUCCUGAGAAGGAGAGGUACAUGCGGGAGACCCGUAGCCAGCUGAGUGUAUUCGAAGUGGUCCCAGGGACUGACCAGGUGGACCACGCAGCAGCCGUGAAAGAGUACAGUCGGUCCUCGGCGGAUCAGGAGGAGCCCCUGCCCCACGAGCUGCGGCCCUUGCCAGUGCUCAGCAGGACCAUGGACUACCUGGUGACCCAGAUCAUGGACCAGAAGGAGGGCAGCCUGCGCGACUGGUACGACUUCGUGUGGAACCGCACGCGUGGCAUACGGAAGGAUAUCACACAGCAGCACCUCUGCGACCCCCUGACGGUGUCCCUGAUUGAGAAGUGCACCCGGUUUCACAUCCACUGUGCCCACUUCAUGUGUGAGGAGCCCAUGUCCUCCUUUGAUGCCAAGAUCAAUAAUGAGAACAUGACCAAGUGCCUGCAGAGCCUGAAGGAGAUGUACCAGGACCUGAGAAACAAGGGCGUCUUCUGUGCCAGCGAAGCGGAGUUCCAGGGCUACAAUGUUCUGCUCAGUCUCAACAAGGGAGACAUCCUAAGAGAAGUACAACAGUUCCAUCCUGCUGUUAGAAACUCCUCCGAGGUGAAAUUUGCUGUUCAGGCUUUUGCUGCAUUGAACAGUAAUAAUUUUGUGAGAUUUUUCAAACUGGUCCAGUCAGCUUCUUACCUGAAUGCUUGUCUUUUACACUGUUACUUCAGUCAGAUCCGCAAGGAUGCUCUCCGGGCGCUCAACUUCGCGUACACGGUGAGCACACAGCGAGCCACCGUCUUUCCCCUGGAUGGCGUGGUGCGCAUGCUGCUGUUCAGAGACUGCGAAGAGGCGACCGACUUCCUCACCUGCCACGGCCUCACCGUUUCCGACGGCUGUGUGGAGCUGAACCGGGCCGCAUUCCUGGAACCAGAGGGAUUAUCCAAGACCAGGAAGUCGGUGUUUAUUACCAGGAAGCUGACGGUGUCGGUUGGUGAAAUUGUGAACGGAGGGCCAUUGCCCCCCGUUCCUUGUCACACCCCUGUGUGCAGCUUCAACUCCCAGAACAAGUACAUCGGGGAGAGUCUGGCCUCGGAGCUGCCCGUCGGCACCCAGAGACCCGGCUUGGACACAGUGGGUGGAGGGAGAGGAGAGGAGUGUGGUGUAGAGCCGGACACACCCCUGCCCGGUCUCCCACAGUCUCUACCAGCCCUUGCACCCUCGCCAGUGCCUCUGCCUCCUGUCCUGGCACUGACCCCGUCUGCAGCACCCAGCCUCUUCCAGCUCUCCGUGCAGCCUGAGCCGCCACCUCCAGAGCCUGUGCCCAUGUACUCUGACGAGGACCUGGCGCAGGUGGUGGACGAGCUCAUCCAGGAGGCUCUGCAGAGGGACUGUGAGGAAGUCGGCUCUGCAGGCGCUGCCUACGCAGCUGCUGCCCUGGGUGUUUCUAAUGCUGCUGUGGAGGAUUUGUUAACAGCUGCAACCACGGGCAUUUUGAGGCACAUUGCAGCUGAAGAAGUGUCUAAGGAAAGGGAGCGAAGGGAGCAGGAGAGGCAGCGGGCUGAAGAAGAAAGGUUAAAACAAGAGAGAGAGCUGGUGUUAAGUGAGCUGAGCCAGGGCCUGGCCGUGGAGCUGAUGGAACACGUGAUGAUGGAGUUUGUGAGGGAAACCUGCUCCCAGGAGUUGAAGAAUGCAUUAGAGACAGACCAGAGGGUCCGUGUGGCCCGUUGCUGUGAGGACGUCAGUGCCCAUCUAGUGGACUUGUUUCUCGUGGAGGAAAUCUUCCAGGCUGCAAAGGAGACCCUCCAGGAGCUUCAAUGCUUCUGCAAGUAUCUACAGCGGUGGAGGGAAGCUGUCGCAGCCCGCAAGAAACUGAGGCGCCAGAUGCGGGCUUUCCCUGCUGCGCCCUGCUGCGUGGACGUGAGCGACCGGCUGAGGGCGCUGGCACCCAGUGCAGAGUGCCCCAUUGCUGAGGAGAACCUGGCCAGGGGCCUCCUGGACCUGGGCCACGCAGGGAGAUUGGGCAUCUCCUGCACCAGGUUGAGGCGGCUCAGAAACAAGACGGCUCACCAGAUGAAGGUUCAGCACUUCUACCAGCAGCUGCUGAGUGAUGUGGCGUGGGCGUCUCUGGACCUGCCGUCCCUUGUGGCUGAGCACCUCCCUGGGAGGCAGGAGCAUGUGUUUUGGAAGCUGGUGCUGGUGCUGCCGGAUGGAGAGGAGCAGUCCCCAGAGAGUCGUGGCAGAAUUCUAGCAAAUUGGUUAAAAGUCAAGUUCAUGGGAGAUGAAGGCUCAGUGGAUGACACAUCCAGCGAUGCUGGUGGGAUUCAGACGCUUUCGCUUUUCAACUCGCUUAGCAGCAAAGGGGAUCAGAUGAUUUCUGUUAACGUGUGUAUAAAGGUGGCCCAUGGCGCCCUCAGUGAUGGUGCCAUCGAUGCUGUGGAGACACAGAAGGACCUCCUGGGAGCCAGUGGGCUCAUGCUGCUGCUUCCCCCCAAAAUGAAGAGUGAGGACGUGGCAGAGGAGGACGUGUACUGGCUGUCGGCCUUACUGCAGCUCAAGCAGCUCCUGCAGGCCAAGCCCUUCCAGCCUGCACUUCCUCUGGUGGUUCUUGUGCCUAGCCCAGGAGGGGACGCCGUUGAGAAGGAAGUGGAAGAUGGUUUGUGAAGGAAGUCUCGUUUAUGAAGCAGCAUUGUUUAAAAAUGGACAGCAACCCCUGUGUGUGAACUCUUCAACCAGGUCUCUUCUGACUGUCUUUGUUCUCAGGUUUUGCAAGCGGUGCAGUGGCUGGUUUCCCACUGCCCCCAUUCCCUUGACCUUUGCUGCCAGACCCUCAUUCAGUACGUCGAAGAUGGGAUUGGCCAUGAGUUUAGUGGCCGCUUUUUCCAUGACAGAAGAGAGAGGCAUCUGGGCGGUCUCACUUCUCAGGAGCCUGGCGCCAUCAUUGAGCUGUUUAACAGUGUGCUGCAGUUCCUGGCUUCCGUGGUGUCGUCCGAACAGCUGUGUGAUCUGUCUUGGCCUGUCACUGAGUUUGCUGAGGCAGGGGGCAGCCGGCUGCUUCCUCACCUGCACUGGAAUGCCCCAGAGCACCUGGCGUGGCUGAAGCAGGCUGUGCUUGGGUUCCAGCUUCCGCAGAUGGACCUUCCUCCCCUGGAGGCCCCCUGGCUCCCCGUGUGCUCCAUGGUUGUCCAGUACGCCUCCCAGAUCCCCAGCUCACGCCAGACACAGCCUGUCCUCCAGUCCCAGGUGGAGAACCUGCUCCGCAGAACCUACUGUAGGUGGAAGAGCAAGAGCCCCUCCCCAGUCCAUGGGGCAGGCCCCUCGGUCAUGGAGAUCCCAUGGGAUGACCUCAUCGCCUUGUGUAUCAACCACAAGCUGAGAGACUGGACGCCCCCCCGGCUUCCUGUUACGUCAGAGGCACUGAGUGAAGAUGGUCAGAUAUGUGUGUAUUUUUUUAAAAACGAUUUGAAAAAAUAUGAUGUUCCUUUGUCGUGGGAACAAGCCAGAUUGCAGACGCAGAAGGAGCUACAGCUGAGAGAGGGACGUUUGGGAAUAAAGCCUUUUCAUCCUUCUGCAAACAAUUUUCCCAUACCAUUGCUUCACAUGCACCGUAACUGGAAGGGGAGCACAGAGUGUGGCCGAGAGGGGAGGAUUCCCCGCACAGAGGAUCUGAUGCGAGGAGCUUCUGCUGAGGAGCUCUUGGCGCAGUGUUUGUCGAGCAGUCUGCUGCUGGAGAAAGAGGAGAGCAAGAGGUUUGAAGAUCAGCUUCAGCAAUGGUUGUCUGAAGACUCAGGAGCAUUUACGGAUUUAACUUCCCUUCCCCUGUAUCUUCCUCAGACUCUAGUGUCUCUUUCUCACGCUAUUGAACCUGUGAUGAAAACAUCUGUAACUACUAGCCCACAGAGUGACAGGACGAGGCAGCAAUUGCAGCUAUCAGAGGCAACAGGAACGUGUCUAACCGAACGGCUAAAGCACCUGGAAAGGCUGAUCCGGAGUUCAAGGGAAGAGGAAGUUGCCUCUGAGCUCCAUCUCUCUGCGCUGCUAGAUAUGGUGGACAUUUGAGCAGCUGACCUGUGGGGAGGCGGUCUCUCCCAAAGAGUUUCUGUUUUUACUCAAAAUAAUGUUAUUCUCAGAUGCUUGAUGCACUGUUGGAAAUGUAAUUAUUAAUCAUGCAAAUAAACCAUUUAAGUGUCAAA